GCUCGUUGCCACGGAGACAGCGCUGUGGAGGCUUCACGCCAUCCACCGCGGCAUCCACGCUCAACUCACCACACGCCCCACCGAGAACGAACCACAUUAUAGUGACCACGAGGAGGUUACCCCAAGGAUGAACUUGACCUUCAGUCUCCAGCACUUUAUAAAAUGUUUGUGCUGACAGUGUUUCAGGAGGGAAGUAGUUCUCCUCAAUCGACACAUUUAGGUCUGAAAAGCAAAAACUUUAUCUUUACUUGAAUACUUUGUGUAGAGGGAACCUAAUUUACUCUUUCGAGUCCCAUGCAAAGAUGGCUGGUGAACUGGAAAUCCCCUGCCCAGUUAACCAAACAUUUUUACAUUGAAACAACUCCGUUAAAUUAAGUUCACUUUGUUACAUGUAUUUUUGAGUAAUAUAAACAAGGGAGGAUUCUUUAAACCUAACAAUAGUAAAAGUAAAUUUUUUGAGUGCAUGUUGGCUAAGUGACUGUAGAUACUGUCUUACAACUGUCAAAUUUUGUGUCUUUUUGGAAAUGUGUUUCCUGUGGUGUGUGUUUCCUGUGUUGAGGAUGAUUGGCGCAACAAUCAGACCAAUGACAUGCACUCUCAGCUUAAGUUCCUCGAACAACUGGACAGACUGGAGAAACAGAGGAGAGAGGAAGAGGAGAGAGAAGCACUCCUCUGCAUCGCCGGGUGUCGCUGUAACAGUGAAGACCCAGAGCAACAACGUCUUAAGCAGAGAGCCAAAGAGAUGCAGCAGUUGGAGUUGGCACAGAUGGAGCACAGAGAUGCAAAUUUGGCAGCGCUGGCGGCUCUGGGGCCCCGUAAGAGGAAAUCUCUGGAGGCUCCCGGCCCAGGGGCCAACCAGGUCCACAUGGGCAGCUUGCGACUCAAAGAGCACCAGUUCGAGUCACUUUGAGAGAUCGGAUUUUAUGCAUGGAGCAAGACCCCACACUCGACACUCAAUCAUGCUAUAUAGAGUUUUUCUAUGCUAGAUACACAAUCAAGCCAAUGAGAUGAGCUGUAUUUCGAGGAGUUUUGUACUAAGUUCUAUAUUGCGUAAUGCUCCAAAAAUGUUAAAAUUAGAAAAUGUUGUGUUCCUAUCCUUUUUUUGAUUUGUAAAUGUUAUUCAGACAGUCUUUUUGUCAUGCUAUAUGUAUUUCACUAACAUAUUGGGUGGUAAGGAAGCACAAAGGAAUUAAA